GUCUCUGUGUGUUUGCGUGUGUGUGUGUGUGUGCUUGUGUGUGUCUGAGUGUUUAGAGAAAUCAACAUGGUCCUUGCCCACCUAAAAGUAUUUGGAAAGCAGCUUCUGCGGGUGAAGGUGGUCGACUGCAGCGCAGAGUCUCGGCUUUCCCGAUGCCUCAACACCUUUGACCUGGUGGCCCUCGGAGUGGGCAGCACGUUGGGCGCUGGCGUCUAUGUGCUGGCUGGGGCCGUGGCGCGACAAAACGCCGGUCCCGCGAUCGUCCUGUCCUUUCUGAUUGCGGCAUUGGCCUCAGUCAUGGCAGGACUGUGUUACGCUGAGUUCGGAGCACGUGUACCCAGGACGGGCUCGGCGUAUCUGUACAGCUAUGUGACUGUGGGAGAGCUGUGGGCCUUCAUCACCGGCUGGAACCUCAUCCUGUCUUAUAUCAUAGGAACAUCCAGUGUUGCUCGAGCAUGGAGUGCGACCUUUGAUGAGCUUAUUGGGAAACAUAUCGAGGACUUCUGCAAGCUACACAUGAAUAUGAAAGCCCCGGGAGUGCUAGCAGAGUAUCCGGACAUGUUUGCAGUGCUCAUCAUCCUCACGCUAACAGGUUUGUUGGCGUUUGGGGUGAAGGAGUCCGCUAUGGUCAAUAAGGUGUUCACCUGUGUCAAUGUUCUGGUGCUAAUGUUUGUGGUGGUGUCGGGCCUCAUCAAAGGAACCCUCAACAACUGGAACCUGGAUCCUAAAGAGAUCCUCAACCACACAUCCUCCUCAAAUACAUCCGAGCUGCUGCCAGAGAGUCUGGGUGUUGGUGGUUUCAUGCCGUUCGGCUUCUCUGGAGUCCUGUCUGGUGCUGCGACCUGUUUCUAUGCUUUCGUUGGCUUUGAUUGUAUUGCUACAACAGGCGAGGAGGUGAAGAAUCCUCAGAGGGCGAUACCCAUUGGCAUUGUAGCAUCGCUUCUCAUCUGUUUUGUCGCUUACUUCGGCGUGUCUGCCGCCCUCACGUUGAUGAUGCCGUACUACAUGCUGGAUAAGAACAGUCCUCUGCCCGUGGCUUUCAAAUAUGUGGGCUGGGAAGGGGCGACGUACGCAGUAGCUGUUGGUUCACUUUGUGCUUUAUCCACCAGUCUGCUGGGCUCCAUGUUCCCAAUGCCCCGUGUAAUAUGGGCCAUGGCUGAAGAUGGACUGCUCUUCAAGUUCUUGGCCAACAUCAAUGAAAAAUCCAAAACGCCCAUAAUGGCCACUAUUACUUCAGGCAUAGUGGCAGCGGUGAUGGCUUUCCUGUUUGAUCUGAAAGAUCUGGUUGAUCUCAUGUCCAUUGGCACUCUUCUGGCUUACACACUAGUUGCGGCCUGUGUCUUAGUUUUGAGGUACCAACCAGAGCAGCCCAGUGUGAAUGUCCAUUAUCAGAGAGCCAGUUGUCAGGAGGAAACAGAGGCUGAUUCCAUCAACGAGAGCAGUGCUGGUUUCAUACCUGGAUCUCAAGAUCUCUGCACCCUCAGAAACCUUCUGUUCCCCAAAAACGAGGAGCCCUCUCGUCUCUCGGGCUUCACUGUCAACAUCUGCACGAGUGUAUUAGGUGUCCUGGUGUGUGUGUUCUGUGUCGUGGCGGUUCAGGGUGGAUUUCAGGUCUGGGCUCUUGUGGUUCUUGCCGCUCUGGCUGUAGUUUGCUUCAUCAUCACCAUGUUAAUAUGGAGGCAGCCUGAGAGCAAAACUAAGCUGUCUUUUAAGGUUCCUCUGCUGCCGUUCCUCCCUGUCUUCAGCAUGUUUGUUAACGUGUACCUGAUGAUGCAGCUGGACAGAGGCACCUGGUUGCGUUUCGCCAUUUGGAUGGCCAUAGGUUUUGUUAUUUAUUUUGGCUAUGGGAUCUGGCACAGCACAGAGGGAGCGUUGGCCUGUAACGACACAGAAGACCCCGUCAAACCAGAUGAACCAGCCUCACCUGAGAAAGAGGCUUUCCUGAGCAACGCAGGGGAGAGCAGUGACCCUUGAGAAAGCACUUCAAAUACUCGCUAUACCGAUGUAUGUGACCUACGACAACCAAAACGUCCCAACACAAAGCUGCUAUUGACGUUCAAG